CCCCAUCCUCCCCAUCCACUCUUUUCCUCUUCUUUCCUCGCUGUCAAGCUUAUCUCCUCCAAAACAACUUUCACGGAUCUUUGACACCUCUUGAGAGGAAACUAGAACAUGCGCAACAAACAUCCUCCUCCCCUCGACGUUGAACCGAUUUCGACUUCAUCUGCAUUGAAUGGUCGAAACUUGAGUAGACGAAUGUCAACUGAAAAUGCAAUUCCAAAGCGAACCUCACAGAAGUCACGGAGGCUUACAAUUCAUUCUGUUGAGGAAGUCACGCGAAGGCCGUCAAUCAAAACGAAGUCUCACUUGAUUCAAAGCCCCAAGACUCGCAAGGUCUCCAUUGCUGCAAUUCCCAACAAACACUCCUCUCCGACAAGCCGCAAGUCGAUUAGCCUCGCCAGAACAGAGUCGGCGAGCAGAGCCAAGACAUCGUUGUCAAAACGACUUUCUCUCCCUGCAGAUAUUGCGACUCUGCAGGAGAUGUCUGAUAUCAAGGCGCCAACAAAAGAAGAGCUUAAAAGACCCGCGUCUUCACAAAAAAAUACUUCAUCCCUUCUGGCAAGGACAAGAAUGCAGAAGGCUGCGAGAAAGAUUCAGAUGGCUAUGGCUUUCAGCCUCUCUUCGCAAGUCCAGGCAAUGAGGAAUCAAAUAGACAGCGCCAACGAAGAAGUUUUGAAGGCCCGGGCAGUUCUCGAGCAAGCGCAUGAAGAAAUACAAUCAGUCAACAUCAGACGAGGAUGGCUCAAGAUGUCUUCCUCCAGAAAGCUGUUGAGUCCUGGUCGUGGGCUAAAGCUCCCCAGAUGGCCUUCACGAAAGGGAGACGCAGCUGGCUGGAGGCUUCAUAGCUCUAACUCUCCUUCUUCCAAGCUGGCUAGAUCUGGAUCGCACAGGCUGUUAUCAAAGAAUGCUUUUGUUGCUAGACAACCUUCCAUGCGGUUGUGCUCCGACGAUAUUAUUGAUGAAGAAGGAAAUGUAAAAACAGAUGACCAAGUAAUUCUUGCUUCAAUGCGAAACAGACAAAAUCCUUCGGAGGGCAACAACUCAAGUUUUAAGUUGAAGAGAGCAACCACGUUUGUAUCCAAGACAGAAAAGAUGAAAAUUGAGCAGUUCCUUGCACAGAACUCUUUCAAGAAGAAGUCAACCGAAGCAAAGAAUUUGAUUGUGCGUGGCUCCAGCAAGAAGCUGAUCAGCCCCAAACUCAUGGAGCAGCAAACGGAAGUGACCCAGCGCAAGGUUGCUGCGGAAGACUCAGUUGACGAUGAUGCAAAGGAACACGAAGUGUCAACUUGGAGUCCUCAGGCCUGUAGAAGAUACUUACCUGGAAUAGGUAAAAAAUGGGUCAGGACAAGCCAUGGUUGUGCUGUCAAGGUCUUGGAUGACAUUUUGACACCAAGAACCAUGUUACGAAAUGCAGCAGAAGUAUUUUAGAUGGCUGCGAUUGAAUGUAUGAAUAAAUAUUUGGAAUAUUAAUG